AUGAGUAAGAUGUGGGAGGUAGAUCCGGAGACGCGGAGCAAGUUGUUGGAAAUACAAAAGACAAACGAAAACAACAAGUGCAUCGACUGCAAUGCGCCGAGUCCACAAUGGGCCUCUCCCAAGCUGGGCAUCUUCAUGUGUCUUUCUUGUUCUGGAGUGCACCGCGGUCUUGGUGUUCACAUCUCCUUCAUCCGCAGCAUAACCAUGGAUGCCUUCAAAGGGUCGGAACUAGUGCGCAUGGCUGCCGGUGGCAACAAGCCCUAUCAGGAUUUUUUCAAUUCACACGAGUCCAACACGAAAGAAGGACGGACGUUUGAGGCUUCGUCUAUACAAGAACGAUACGAUUCCGAGGCGGGCGACGAGUGGAAAGAGCGGCUAAGCUGCAAGGUCGAGGACAGGGAGUUUGACAAGAGCAACCUGCCCAAGCGGUUACCGAAAAAAGACAAUGCCUCUGCAGCGGGAGUUGGUGCGCCGUUGAGUGGACGGGCAAGCGCAGCAGGAAGCAGAAGUCAGACACCGCUGGGCAAGACGCGAAGCAACGAUGCAGCUUUCCAGCGGUCCGGCUCGCCCGCUCUCGGAACCAACGCCAUGUCAUCACAGAAGACCAAGAAUGAAGCCUACUUCGCCAAGAUGGGCCAGGAGAAUGCAAACAGACCAGAGGGUGUUGCGCCCAACCAGGGCGGCAAAUACGGCGGCUUCGGCAGCGAGCCGGAUGCGUGGAAGAAGGAUGAUGAGCCGGGUGCGCCGCCUGCGCUUGAUGAUUUCCAGAAAGACCCCGUGGCCGCCCUUACCAAGGGCUUUGGCUGGUUAGGUGCGAGCGUGAGCAAGGUGGGAAAGACGGGCUACGAGGGCUGGGUAAAGCCCGGCAUGGCAAAGCUCGCUGAAGCAGACCUCGCAGCCCAAGCACGCACAACCGCGGGCACCCUAGGCCAAACCCUGCAAUCCGGCGUCGCAACCGCAAACACGCAAUUCACCCGCUUCGUCGAAGGCGACACGGCUGCCUCGUCAUCAUCGGCACGCCGUGGCACCGCCAGCGCCGAGCCCGAACGCAAAGACUUUUGGGAAAGCUUCGGUGCGGCGCCAAAGGGGCCGGCCAAGGAUAAGCAGGACUUUUGGGAUGAGUUUUCUACCGCGGGUGAGGCCAGGGCUAGUGGGGGUAUGGAGAGGAAGAAGCCAAGUGGAAUUGGCACGAGCGCUGUUAAGAAGGGAAGUGCGGGUGGUAGUAGUGGCAUAGGUGGAGGGGGAAAGAAGGAUGAUGAGUGGGGGGAGUGGUAA